UGUGACCUCUGUGCUUUUGGAGCGCGCACAGCCGGAGGUCUCGCCGCAGAACCGCGCUUGUCCUACACAAUCCCGUGCUUCCGACAUGGCUGCAGGCAAAGACUCGGAGACUCCCUUCUCCCUGGACUCGUACCACGUCUCAGAGGAGCUGGGCUUCAUUCUGCCAGACCCCCUGCACCAGCUCCCAGCCUACUACCAACCGUGGAUGGAUGUCGCCCGCCGAGUCCCAGAGUUUGUUCUCGCACACGAGCUGCGUUUUCACGUCAACAAGAUGCCGCAGCUGAGCGUCCAGUUUCUGCAGAAACACCGCCAACUGCGGCUGGCACACCUGGCCCUCGGCGUCAUGGCGAUGGGAUACGUUUGGCAGGAGGGGGAGCAAGACACAGUUGAGGUGCUGCCGCGUGCUCUGGCCGUUCCGUACUGGGAGGUUUCCCAACGUUUAGGACUUCCUCCGAUCCUCACCCACGCUGAUGCGGUCCUGGCGAACUGGCGGAAGAAGGAUCCAGAAGGCCCCUUAGAGCUGCGGAACUUGGAGCUGCUGGUCAGCAUCCCCGGCGGGGAAAGUGUGCGAGGAUUCUUCAUCGUCACGCUCAUGGUGGAGCAAGCAGCCAUUCCUGCUCUGAGGAACAUUCCUAAAGUGAUCAACGGUGUCAGACGUGGUGAUGCUAAAGCUGUGGCCGAGGCCUUGGAGGUGAUGGGCCAGUCCAUAGACAGCAUGGCAGUGUGCCUCAAACUAAUGCAAGUGCAUGUGGAGCCGUCUGUGUUCUAUGGCAUCAUGAGGAUCUUCCUGUCCGGGUGGAAAGACAAUCCAUGCAUGGCGAAAGGUUUGGUUUACGAGGGCGUCCAGACAGAACCCAUGGAAUAUUCCGGUGGCAGCGCCGCACAGAGCAGCCUACUGCACUGUUUUGAUGAACUCCUGGGAGUCGAACACGCGGACAAAAGCGGUGCUUUCCUGGCCCGCAUGCGGAGCUACAUGUUGCCCGCUCACAGACAACUCAUCCGGGACAUCUCGACGCGACCCCGCCUGAGAACCUUCGUGCGGCGUCACGCCGACGAGCGCCUGACCGAGGCCUUCCAGGGCUGCGUGGGCAAACUGUUAGCCCUGCGCGGCUGCCACAUCGCCGUGGUGACCCGCUUCAUCACCAUCCCCGCCGCCAGGGCCCGGCGGCCGCGGGACCGGAGCGAGGCGGAGGUGCUCGGCCGGGCCCCCGCCGGGCUGCAGGAGCGCGGCACGGGCGGCUCCGGCAUCAUGAGCUUCUUGAAGACCGUGAGGGAUCAGACGAGGGACGCCCUGCUGCCCGCGACGAGCAGAGAGGCGAAGCGCCCCGGCGACGUCUCAUAAAACUGGCAGUUAAUCGCCCUUGAUUGGAUAAGUCAUUAAAAAAAGAUUGGAAAGGUGAGAGGCCAUUUUUGUGAUUGGCUCGUUCGAACGUUUAUGUCGGUAAACAAGCCUGAGGGGUACCUACUAGAGAUGCGCGGAUAGGCAAUUAUAUCAUCCGCAUCCGCAUCACCAAAGUCGUCAUCCACCCGCCGUCCACCCGAACCAACAUUUAAUCAGGACCGUACCCGCCCGCCAAAGUACAUCAGUGGUUGGCCACCUUUACCACUCACAGAGCUAUUUAAACCUGUUUCACAGAGUAAUGAAGUCAAUUGGAGCCGCUAACGUUCUCGCGACAUUGCAAUAGCUGUCAUCCUGAUGACAAGAAUAAGGGUAUGCUGUGAAACCAUUGCCUUUGACACCUUCAACAACAUGUACGAACCAACUGUUGGUCCAGCAACAUGUUGUGUGUAGCUUCCACAAUCACACGUAUGAGAUUGAAAGGCAGACUGGGUGAUACAGAGGACACUGAUGGUUGUGAUAUAAACAACUUUAACACUUACUAAUAUGCGCCAGGUUGUGAAGCCCAAACAUACAAGAUUGACAAACACAUUCGGCCACAGCAUGGGGGUACCUAAUGAAGUGGCCCAUAGCAUGGCUGCCUUAUUAGCAUCGCCGGUAAAAUGUGCGGACCAAACGAUCAGGACUUUCGCAUCUUGUGACACUGGAGCUACUUAAAUGCGUCGAUUGGUAAGUGUUUGUUUCGCAUAACAUUUUGGUAUCUAGUUUCAAAUGUACAUACAGCUAGCGUAAAUAGCAUGUUAGCAUCGAUUAGCGUAGCAUGUUAGCAUCGAUUAGCUGGCAGUCAUGCUGCGACCAAAUUUGUCUGAUUAGCACGUAAGUCGACAACAUCAACAAAACUCACCUUUGUGAUUUCGUUGACUUAAUCGCUGCAAAUGCAUCAGCAGGUUAUCCAUUUGACCACAUAUGAGGUCCUCUCCAAGGUUUCUCAUAGUCAUCAUUGUCGACGUCCCACUGGGGUGAGUUUUUCCUUGCCCUUAUGUGGGCUCUACCGAGGAUGUCGUGGUGGUUUGUGCAGCCCUUUGAGACACUUGUGA